AUAUGUCAUUCUAUCUCUUUAGGCAUAGAAAAUCUGCCAUUUGAACUGCAGAGGAACUUCCAGCUGAUGCGAGAUCUGGACCAGAGGACAGAGGAUCUGAAAGGGCAGAUUGAUUCUCUGGCUCGUGAAUACACAGCCAACGCUCGGACGUUGUCCUCCGAACAGAAGCUCUCACUGUUAAGACAGAUCCAGCAGUCUUAUGGGAAGUGUAAAGAGUUCGGAGAUGACAAGGUCCAGCUUGCGAUGCAAACCUAUGAGAUGGUGGACAAGCAUAUCCGAAGAUUGGAUACAGACCUGGCUCGCUUUGAGGCUGACCUCAAAGAGAAACAGAUAGAAAGCACAUUUGACUCUACCUCCAGCAAGAGCAACAAGAGUGACCAUCGAGGACCCAAGAAGAAGGAGGUGACUCGCACUAGGUCAAAGGUGAAGAACUCUGAUGAUGCUCUGCGCGUCAAAGAGUAGUGCCAGAAGAAGGUCAAACUCACACAAGGCUCUGAGUUUUCAACCCCGGCUGUGAACUUUGGGAACGUGCACCCCUCGGAUGUGCUGGACAUGCCAGUGGACCCCAACGAGCCCACCUAUUGUCUCUGCCACCAGGUUUCAUACGGGGAGAUGAUUGGCUGUGACAAUACAGACUGUUCUAUCGAGUGGUUCCACUUUGCCUGUGUGGGUCUGACCACCAAACCCAGAGGGAAAUGGUACUGCCCAAGAUGUUCACAGGAGCGGAAGAAAAAAAAAAACAAACAAAAAAAAAUAAAUAACUCACAGAGAGAGAUAUAG